UGACACAUACGGAAGUUUUUAGAACUGUCGUACUGGAUGUAGACAUGUGUUACCUUAAUGACCUCAAUCGCUGUAUAAUUCGAAUGAUUCACGUUUUUCUCCUGCAGGCAAUUGGAAUUUAAGCUUAAACAUGGAUCCCAAUUUGGAAUACUGGCAUAACAAUGGGAAGUCUUUCCUAAGCAGACUUCGCAUCUGGUUGAAUAUUCUUGACCCCAGCUCUAUCCUGUCCUCUGAUGUUGAAAUUGAAAACGCUCGUUCUCUGAUCAGAGGGGAAGGGAAUCAGCUGAAGAAUGAAAAGGUCUCCAGUGCCUGGAACCUUUCUCUUUGCUCUGUGCAUGCUGAUACCGGAGAGCUGAUUUCCCCUGUGUUUCGUCCACAAGCUUUUUUGCCUGUGUCAGCUCCUUUGGUCAUAGCAAGUUUUGUGCCACAUAAAGGAGUGACACCUGCGCUGUUUUGGCAGUUUAUACUGCAGAGCUACUGUGCAGGCUUCAAUCACGCCAACAGAAAUGCAACAGCCACGCCGCAGAACAAGCCGUCACUGAAACAGGCUCUUCUAAUUACUGGAACAGUGACAUAUUCAACAUUUGCGGGGGCCCUUCCUCAAAUUAUAAUCCAGCGCCUGGCAGUCAGCAGUAGUUCAGCUCAGGCCUUCUGUAGGUCAGUUUUGCCUGUUCCUCUGUCAGCUUGCUUGGCUGCCUUCAGCGUCUUCGUAGUGAGAAGUGAGGAAUCAGAGAAUGGAAUAAAAGUCUUUGACUCCAGUGGGAAUUCGGUUGGUGUCUCAAAGGAAGCUGCAUUCAAGGCUGUAAAGGAGACUGCCAUAUCUCGAGCAGCUCUUUUUGGUAUUACUGCAGUUGUUCCUAAUCUACUUGUCCUCCUUCUCAAGAGGACAAGGUUGGCCCAAAGGAACCCAAUGAUGCUUGCUCCUGUUCGACACAUCAGCACUGCUAUUGCCCUCGGCUUGAUGAUCCCUGUGUCCUUCAGUCUGUUUCCACAACUUGGCAAGAUUAAAAAGGAGCAUUUAGAAAAGGAGCUGCAAAGCUUAACGGAUGAUGGGGAGCUGUUUUACCACAGAGGACUCUAACGGUCACCUUAGAAACCCAACCCUCACAUCGUAUAAAGGAUUCCUCAAAAGGUUAUUCACCUCCAAAAGAGCUUCUAAAUGGAAACCUGUCUGAAAAAGAAACCAUGGGUAGUAGGAGUCCUCCAGAGCGACAAACAGAAGACCUAUUUAAAGUAAUAUGCAUACUCUUCACCCCAAAAGAGUAUACUUAUGCAUUUACACCCAACAUACACUCUUUCAGUUAUUUAAAAUGUAUUAAUUUUUUUUCUUUUCUAAAAGAAACGUUAUAAUUAAGAAUUAACAGUGCAACUAUAAAACUGAGUAGAUGAGGGUCAAUUAAACUGCAAAAAAGCCAGUAGCAGUUAUAUCUGCUCUAGGACCGAAGCCCGCACUUUUCUCAACACUGCAGACGAACGGUAAUCACUAAAGCAAGACUACUCGCCUCCAGCUGUACUCACAUCAUCAUACAAGUGUAUUUAAUAAAACCAGAGCAUUUGGCAAAUGGAAAAGAUUCAUGUUUUAAUUUAAUAGCAUUUUAGACCAAAUGGAUUUAACAAAAAUACUGCUAUUGUUACAUCAUUGUUAAUAUCACAUUGAAACCAUUGAGAACUUUACACUGGACCUUAAUUUUUAUGUCAUUAGAACUCAAGCAUAUGAUUGUUAGGAAAGGACAACAGCAUCAUUUAAAAAAAUAAAAUAUUACAUGUGAACAUAUGAAAAGUGCAUAUGGAAUAUUUUGGCACAAACACACUCCUUUAGGCAGAUGGUGAUUACAUAACUGAUGUAAAGCAAGAGAAAAAAAAAAAUCAAAAGAUGCUUAAUAAAAAGAUGGAGCUUGCCGAGACUGCAAGAAACAAAUUAACCCUGUUGAGUAUGCUUUAGAAACGCAAUUGUUUUUCCUACUUUAUCUAAUGAAGUUCUGUUGGCUUUCUGAUACAUUUUAACACGCACAGACGUACACAAAACACCCGACGCAACUGAAUCACAACCAAAUAAGAUUUCAGUGG